GUUAAAACCGUGCUGUUCUUGCCAGAGGCUUGCAGCACAUGCGAGACAGGGGCCUGUUCAGCAGGACUCCACGUCGCGUCGCGACGCCAUGGGACAUGGAGAGCUGCGAGAUCCAGGUCUCCGUGUCGGGCUUGGAUGGCUACAGCUUCACCGUGACGGUCUCGGAGCAGCUCUUGGGGCGUGAGCUGUGGGACAUCAUCCACGCACGGCUCCCACCGAAGCCAGGUGCGCGUCUCCUGCUGCAGCACGAGUCUCAAAGGCUCUCGCUGAGUAGAUCUUUGAAAGAGCAAGGCCUAAGCAAGGCUCUCACCGGCACUGGCUUGUCCUAUGUCUAUGUGGCCAUUGACCUUCGCCAUGCGUGGCGUUUCAUCCAAAACUUGCCUGUAGAGGAUGUGGAGCUGUCACUGGAGGGAAUCACAGCUGUGGAUGGCAUCGAACAUAUGGGGCAGGUGUUGCAGAUGCAGCUGCUUCCGAACCGCUUGCAACACCUGUCCUUCGGUGAGGCAGAGGAUCAGCUGGACCUGAGGCAGCUGGACAUUCCGACUUUGAAAAGCCUUCAGCUGGGGAGUCGCUUCAACCAGAGCUUGGAACAGGUCAUUUGGCCGCAGAACCUCCAAGUGCUUGCCCUGGGGGACUCCUUCAAUCAGAGCUUGAAGGAGAUUCAGUUUCCUGAAUCCUUGGAGGUCUUGACCUUUGGCCGCGACUUCAACCAGCCCCUGGGCAUCACGCUCUCUACUCGCACUCCGCGGCUGCGCACGUUGAUGUUGGGCCGUGACUUUGAUCAAAGCCUGCAAGGAAGCUUUUUGCCCAACAGCUUGGAGAGACUCACCUUUGGAGCGCGCUUUGAUCAGAGCCUCAUCUCGCGCGUCUCGGGGAUGCUGCGGGGCGUGCUGCCCAAGGGUCUCCUGCAUUUGACCUUGGGUUUGCGGUUCAAUCAGUCCUUGGAGCACGUGAGUUGGCCAUGCCAGUUGCAAACCUUGAGCUUUGGAGAUCUCUUCAACCAGAGGCUCCCUGCGAGUUCCUUGCCUCCCACCUUGCAGCGCUUGCGCUUCGGUGCCCACUUCAACGAGCCGCUGCGGUGCCUCUCUUCGAGCGAGGGGGUGCUACGUGGCUUGCAGUGCUUAGGUUUGGGUGUGCAUUACCAACAGGUAGAGGGCAUGCAGUGGUGCAACCUGGAGGAGUUGCAAUUGGGAAAUUUGCAUUUGGAGACCCUCAGCCAUUGGAAUCUCCCUCAGUUGCAGCGCCUCACCCUCAGCGGACGCUUCAACCAGCCCUUGGCUGCCUUGACACGACAGCCUUCUUUCGACAGUCUUCUUUCGCAGUUGCGGAGUUUGACCCUCGGCCAUCGCUUCGAUCAGAGCUUGGAACAGCUGCACAUGUUGGUGAACUUGGAGUACUUGAGCUUGGGCGAUGCCUUCAAUCAAGGUCUGGAGGAGGUGAUUUGGCCAGCGCUUCAAAGCCUCCACUUGGGUGCACGCUUCAACCAGAGCUUGGAGCGAGUCUCCCUUCCCAAGAGCCUCCAGCGCUUGAGCUUCGGCGACCUCUUUGAUCAGCCGAUCCGCUCGGUGGCAUGGCCGGAGGCGCUGCAAAUGCUCAGCUUCGGAGAGGAGUUCAACCAGCCACUACAGGCGGUGUGGCCUGCUGGGCUUCGCGGGCUUUCCUUUGGGGACUUGUUCAACCAAAGCUUGGAGGAGGUGGACUGGCCCCCAGCUUUGCGGAGCUUGAGCUUUGGCGCGCGUUUCAACCAGAGCUUGGUGAACAUGCCCAACGGCCUGGAGAGCCUCACAUUGGGUGAAGAUUUCACUCAGGGCUUGGAGGGCUUGAAGGUUUGCAAGUUAAUGACUUUGAAGUGCCACGGCCUUCGCGUGAGCCAAGACUCUCCACCGCAGGCGGCAUGAUGGUCGGCCCACUGAUCUGCUGGUCGACGGACUCCCUGCAGACCGGUCAUAGGGGGAGACCGGUCAUGGUGCUCCGCUGUGCCAAAUUCAAACCGUUGGUCUUCAGAUGGUCCUGUGAACUGCGGAACCUACAGCAGCCUGGAGGGUCUGUGUGCAGAUGUGUGCAGCUUUGCCAUGAAACAUGUUGCCCCCAGCUGCAGCCCCCAGUCGUCGCCCUUCGUGGAAGCAUCACCGCCGGAACGUGGUGUGGACUUUGCUGCCGUUGGUUAUGCUGACCCGGCAUAUGCUGUGCCAAGACUGAAGCAAACAUCGUAACAUCGCAGCAAAAGAUCUUCAGCAUCGCCGAGAAGUGGUUGGAAA